UGAAACUGGCCGCAUUUUGCCUGUUACUUCACAGCGACGAUCUCAUCCGCCGCGGAGCGCGUGAGUGGUGCUUUUGACAGACAUGGGAAAGCUUCAGGAAUUCGAGAUUACUUUCACCAAUAACAAAGUGGUCUACAAUCCCGGCGAAACCGUAUCAGGAACUGUGAGAAUAAAAACAAGCCACUCCUUACAGUUUAAAGCCAUUAAAGUGUACUGUGUGGGGUCAUGUGGCAUCUCCUCCAAGCUGAAUGAUGCAUCAUGGAUGUUAGAGGAGCGAUACUUGAGCAGCACACUGUCUGUGGCCGACAAAGGUACCCUGCCAUCUGGUGAGCACAGCUUUCCCUUUCAGUUUCUCAUUCCAGCAUCUGUUCCAACCUCGUUUGAAGGCCCAUUUGGGAAAAUUCUGUACAAAAUUAGGGCUAUUAUUGACACGCCACGUUUCUCAAAGGACUACAAGACACAGCGACCCUUCUACCUGCUCAGUGUACUCAACCUCAAUGAGUUGCCAGAUAUAGAGAAACCCAGCUGUGCUGUGACAACCAAAAAGUUUACCUACCUCCUGGUCAAAUCAGGCACACUCAUGCUGAGGGCUUACAGUGAUCUUAGAGGAUACACUCCUGGUCAGGUCAUCAAACUGACUACUGAGAUCCACAACAGGUCUGGUAAAGACACUGGCUGUGUGAUGGCAAGCCUUAUACAGAGAGUGACGUAUAAGACAAAGCGGUCAGUGUUUGACCUACGGCCCAUAGCGGAGGUCGAGGGAGCCAGGGUGAAGGCAGGCAAACAUGCAGAGUGGAGAGAACAGAUCAUCGUCCCUCCUCUUCCUCAGUCAGGCCUCACUGGCUGCAGCCUCAUAGACACCGAGUAUUUUAUACAGGUGUCACUAAAAUCUCCUGAGGCUGUUGUCACGUUACCCAUCUACAUUGGGAACAUAGCUGUAAACUUGACUCCCUCCAUUCCACCCCCACACUCCAUCGCUCCUGGUGCUCCGAUGCCUGCCAUGCCAAGCCUCAGCCCUGCGGUCCCCAGUGCCCCUCCUGUUGAGGAGGCCCUGGAGGGUGAGCUAGGGGCCGGAGGGGUAGCCAGCGAGGAGAUCUCCACCAAGAGUCAUUCUCAGCAGGACCCGUCCGGCGUGACUCUCUCCAUGUCUCCUAGUGCAUUCGGUCAUGCGUCUGGUCCAGUACCACCACUGAGUCAGCAUCUCGCGCAGUCCUCAGACAGCUCUGCGCCUCUGUUCUGUGUGUCCACAGGAGCCACCAUACCUUUCUUCACCGAGACUAAUGCAACCCCAGUGCCCACUUCCUGUCCUCUGAUCCUGCCACCUGAAUAUAGCACCUGGGAAUAUCCACAUGAGCCGCCUCCCACUUACGAGGAAAGCUGCAGUAGCAACAAUUCCAGUUUCAACAGUAGCAUGAGGUAGACCAAUCAGAGGUCUCAUUGCUUUUUCCAUGCGAUUCCUUGAGUACCCUCUGUUGGACGGUGUGUAGACAUUGCCGCCAGGCCCCAAACCUGAUAAUUCCAUUCUAUGGAACAAAUAUCUGUAAUACUUAUAAAAAUCAUUUCUAUAUGUUUGUUGAUCCACUCAAAUUAUAUUUUCAACUGUGCAACUAGGAGAGUUAAUUUAGUGCCUAAGAAGAUGUAGCAAUUACUAGGUAUGUUCGUGGGUUUUUGUGAAAGAAAUACCAGCAUCUGAACCAUGAAAAUUACAUUUGAGUAUACUUUUUUUUACAUUUUUUUUAACCAAGGUUGGCCUUAUGUGGAGCUCUGUAAAAUCUGAAAUAACCUACAACUUAUACUUUCUUUUAUAUCUGACAAGACUUUUUUAAAAAUUACUCCAUUCCUUGUGACAAUAUGGGACUGUGAAGGCACUCCAUGAUUACGUCAACAGGAGUGGGUCUUGACUAACAAUGGAUACAGAGAACAUUCCUCUUGAAAGAACAAGUUUUAUUUAUUGAUCAUGAUCAAUGUUGGAAGUAGAAAUUUUCAUCUGACUUUAUAAAAUCCAACUCAGCACCAAAUGGACAUGAACUCUGUGUAGAUACAGCUUUGGACAACCUAUGUAGUCAGCCACCAUGGGCACAUAUGUCAUUAUCACUUGGCCAAACAGUGAUAUGCAACAUAUUGCAUAUCGUUUUUUAAUGCACUUCAUUGCAUGUCAUUUUGAAAACUUACACUUUCUUCUUUUUUACUGGCUAUCAAGAGAUUUUUAGAGGACACUUCUGACUCCUAACUCCCAUCUUAAUGCCUCAGUGUUUUGAAAUAAGAUGGUUGUAUUUGUGUUACCCUUUGUUACCAAAAUUAUCAUAAUAUUCUUUUCAGGGGGUUCUUCAUUUGUCCUUAGAAUAAUUUUUUUUUAAGUAUUCUAGCCAUUUAAUAGGCACAGAUUCAGACUGUGAUUGGUUUAAACUUAGCGUGAUAUCAGAAUUUUUAGUAAUACGUUAAAUGUUGGAAAACCAGAUGUGUUUUUAAAAUUUGUGCAGCACUUUUGCUGAAAAUGAAAAGAAAUUUCUCAAAUGCAUCAUUUGAAAUCUGAUGCAAAUUAUACAUGUAAGUUUGUAUUUGACUUGUUUGGUCAUAUGCUUUGAUAUUUCUCAUUCUAGCCCACAGUGAAUGGAGAUUUAUGAUGGAUUUCCAGUGAGUACAGUUUUGACAACGACCCUUAAAUGUAGCAAAAACAAAAAAGUUUCAUUAUGAGCUGUGCAGACCCUUGAACUGUUCGGAUGAAUUUGGAAGCACAAAAAGGCACUUUUAUAGACUUUAUCUCUGUGUACAAAGAGUGUGUGUGUUUGUGUGUGUGUGUGUGUGUGUGUGUGUGUGUGUGAGAAUUUCUGGGGUGAUUUCUCCACCAAAAUGUUAAAUUUUUUAAACUGUGUAGUUACAUUAGUGCUUAAAGUGAUCAUCAAAGGAAGAGGCUCACAGGUUCUCUUGAAAUUUGAAAAUCAACGACAGCACAUAUGAAAUACAAUUUUGUAUCAAGCAAAAUUAGAAGAUUCGGUUCAGACUAAAGCUUAUGGUUUCUCUGCACCCCCUUUUCUGAGUGACAAAAUAUUUUGCUCAAUAUUAUAUACCACUAUGUACCAUUUAAAGUGCUGAUAGAGCAGAAUAAUUCUUAUUGAAGAAUCAAAUAAAACAUUAUUGACCUUGUCUUUGCUGAUUGUAUAACAGCAGGCCACUGUGACUUUUAACAGUGCAGCUAAAUUAAAAUUCUGAGUUCGAUAUAAAGUAUAGUAUUUUCACUUUGAGCAGCACUGUUUUGUAAUCUCAGCAGAAAAUUCAAACACGCAAUUAAAAUCUGUUAUCAUUUAUCAUCACAGUCCAGUAAAUACACCUGAUUUUUUUCAGUAUUCUCAACUACAUUUUGCCUUAAAUGUGAACGUGAUACAUCACUGGUCCCCUGGUAACAAAGCAAAGACAAACUGUAGUACUUUUCGGGAUAAUACUGUAACAUGUUUACUAUUUUCUUCAUUUGUCUCCUUUGAAAUUGUUUCUGUUGGCUUAAAAGUACAGUUCGGCCAAAAAUGUAAAUUCUGCCAUCAUUUACUCACCCACAUGUUUUGUUCCAAACCCAUAUGACUUACUUUCCUCUGUUGAACAAAUAUAGAGAUAUUAGGCAGAAUAUUAGGGACUGACAGCCUCAGUCACCAUUCACUUUCAUUGUAUGUAAAAAGAAUGAAUGAAUUUUUGUGGUAAUCAACAUUAUGCCACAAAUUCUGUCGAAUGAGCUUAACUUGUAUUGAACCCGGAAUAUUCCUUUAAUGAAUUUUAAUGCAUCAGAAAGAGUUGUAAAUGAUGGUAGAUUGUUAUUUAUGCCUCUCCAUUUCGGGCUUGAACAAUGAAAGAUAAUUUAAUGAAAAGACAAAUUCCUCCAUCUCUGUAAUUUCUGAAGUUGCAACUUGGAUGAAUAUUUUUCAUGUUUGAUUUGAAUGUGCUGCUGUAUGUUCUUCCUCUUCACCAAAGGUUUAACAGCUUUAUCAAGUUUCAUUUUGUCAUUUGUGUGGUACAUUCAUCCCUCUGCAUUUUCAGCAGGUUUUGAAAUAAAGUAGCACGAUUGUGGAUAAAUGUUUGUAAAGACGUGACAGAAUCAAACUUGUACAGCAAAGUAAUAAACUCUUUGAAUUUCUAUUUUUUUUUCUAAGAUGUUACUCAUUUAAAUGUAUCCAUUUUAAAAUACUUGUCAUUGCCCUACAAUGUCCUGCCCUACAUUGUUUUCUCAUUGAAUAUCUCAGAAAUGUUAUAUUACGUAUGUAAAUUGGGUUGCAAAUGCUGAUUUAUGUUGACAUCAUUUCUCUUUAUCAAGUGUGAACAAUAGAUAAAACAUGAAGAUG